UAUUCUAUAACUGGUCUAAGGUUCUCUCUCACUCACUACUCACUUCUUAGUUCUUAGUUCUUACUUCUCAUGUUUUUAGGUUAUAUUUUCCUCUGAAAUAACUUACCUGAUUUUGAAAUAUUAUCACAAUGUCUCUUAUUGCUGGUUUUUCAACAGGCGCUGAAUUAAUGCCUUCUAUUAGGAAUGUUAUACAAUCAGCAACACUUCUUCACAGAGGCAUUCACACAACUUCGGUGGUACAUAGGAUUCAAGCUGGUAGAUAUAAACGGACUCCGAGAAGAGAAAAACCAUUGACUUACGAAAUGGCUUGGCCUCCACAAGCAAUUGGUCAUUUCAAAUCAUGGAACUCAUGGAAUACAACCAACCUGAUGGGCGGCCUGCGAGCGUCAGAAACAGCCAUUGAGGACGAAUUCAUGAGACGAUUCAUGACUGGCACCUGGCACAAUCUGUUUGUUUCGGAAAUCAUCAUCAAAAGACAGCAUAACAUGAUCAGGAUUGCGGGAAUACUGCGAAGAGCGAUAUCGGCUCAGAAAAUGUACUUCUUGAUUGGUUACACAGAAGAACUUCUAUCCUAUUGGCUGCAGUGUCCAAUUAAACUGGAAUUACAAACUGUGGAGGACAAAAAAUCCGUCAUCUUCAAAUAUGUUUAGUGACCGUACCUGUAAGUAGUCUGUUAAUCUAUUAAAAAUAUUGCUUAGUUUUAAUGAA